GCUCGCAUACGGUGAGCAUGGCCGCUCGGUACACGCUUGACACUUUUGCUAUCGAGUAGUAAAAAUAAAAAUGCGGGAAAUUCUAUUUUCAAAAUUAGAAAUUUAAAAACGUUAUUUUUAUUCAAAACUAUGUAAUUAGAAUAAAUAUUGCUACAAGAAGAAUGAGGUUAACAACACUUUUAAAAAAUAGUUAUGUUUUUUUGCAGAGGCGAUUUAUUUUGAUAUUAUGGAUCUCAGUAGUGUCAUAUUUUUUCUACAGUACAUAUAAGUUUUAUUUAUAUGGACGACAAUUUUAUUAUGUAAGAAGAAUUUUAGGGUUAGGAUUAUGCAUAUCUCGUGGCACCGCAUCAGUACUCAAUUUAUGUUGCGCUCUAGUAUUACUUCCGCUGUGCAAGAAACUCAACCAAAUACUUUACCGAGUACUCUCAGAAUUGUGGCCAAGUAUAUUUUUCUUUUGGCUGGAGAAAGCGAAGAGUUUUCACAUGACAGUCGCAAUCACCCUUGUGAUGUUUGCUUUGAUACAUUCCGUUUCUCAUUUUGUGAACUUGUGGAAUUUCUCGAGACGUUAUGACGAUGAAAUGAAGGAGAUCAACUUUGCUAAGUACAAAGAUGAGAGUCCAUUCUCUUUAUUGGUGAGUCAAGCCGGCCUGACCGGCGUGUCAAUGUUGCUCAUCACAAUAUUGAUGGGACUGACUUCUGUGAGAGUGGUACGGAGAAAACUCUACAAUGCGUUCUGGUACACCCACCAGCUGUAUAUGAUAUUUUUAGUUCUACUAAUAGUUCAUCCCUUAAGUGGUGUACUAAAAGAAGAAGUAUUAGAUAGUGUAGAAUCUAGUCCAAUUACUAGUCAAGAAGAAGACUGGAGCAAUAGUUCGUCGAUAUCUAAACAUACUUUUGUUUCAAUCAAAUCCAAGACCUGGGCAUGGAUGACGUUCCCGCUCGGAUGCUUUAUGAUCGAUCUACUUUGGAGAAUAUUCUCUAGAAAUCGCGCAAGGGUGCAUAUUAUAGAAGUGGUCCACAUGGCAGGACGAACUAUAAGUUUGACAUUGAGCUGUCCACAUGAACACUUCAAUUGCAGAAUGGGACAGUACAUUUUGCUGCAGUGUUUAGACAUAUCGUUUUUAGAGUGGCAUCCCUUCACUGUUGUUAAGGUACCCACAUCCAUUUCUAGAAGUUUCGUUAUAUGGAUUAGAGUUAAAGGAGAUUGGACAGAGGCUUUAGAAAAGCUGUUGUUGGAAAAUGGGGCUAACAGAUUAAGUCUCUUGGUGGAUGGCGCGUUCUCUAGCCCUAUGCAGGGCGCGGCUGCAGACGACGUUGCUUUGUGCGUGGCUGCCGGUGUUGGGAUCACACCAUUUGUGUCGCUAUUGCAUCAUAUGCUGCUGAACCCAAGAUCUAAAUCACCUGGCAGAAUUCAUUUACUAUGGAUUGUUCGAACUGAAGAUGAAAUAACUUGGAUCGCUGAUAUGGCAAACAAAACUAUGUUACAGCUGAGAAACGCCAAUCGACCUGAUAGAUUGCAUUUAGAAUUUUACGUAACAGGUACAAAAAAGAAUGAUAUCAAAUGUUUCGAGGCCAAUGAAUGUUCUUUAACUCAUAUGAUAGUUAUUAAUGAAAAGGGUAAAAUAACUCAUUCAAAAAUUUGUAAAGCUAUGACGGACGAUGAGAAAGCGAGUCUUCUUACACCGAAUAGAAAGAGACAUGCUUGUGCUGACAAUGAAAAACGGAACACAAACAAUACUAAUGAGUUAAAAAGCUAUGAAAUCGCAAAAGAAUAUCCUUUAUUGGGAUGCAGAGUAAGAAGAGGCAGACCUCAUUGGGAUCGUGUAUUUGGAUAUUGGGUACAUUUGUAUCCCCACCAACAUUUGAAUUUAUACUGCUGUGGAACGAAAAAAUUAGUGAAAUCUUUGAGAAGUAAAUGUGCGUACAUAACAAGUAACACAAAAACCAAGAUCACGUUUAUUAAUGAAGGAUUUUCUUGAAAAACAUGUAGUUAUUUAUUAAA